GGCAACUGUACACACGUAGGCGAAGAGAAAGUUGGUCUGGUGGUAGUACCAGUGGUUCAUCCCCGGGAGGGUCAAGCUCACGCUGCAGAGGACGAGUCUACUGCGGCCGGGGCGACGACAGAGUUCUCCGAUGCUGACUCAACGAAAGCCCUCACCUACACCCUGAGGAACCUUCACGGCUUCUCAGAGUACAUUGUGGAGUUGCAGACCUGCCAGGUGCGGUUGACUCUUGCGUAG